AAGACUAAGCACAAGAUCACAAACAUCAACAACUUGAAGACUGCACGUGUGUCGAUGUGGUGAACGUGAAUCUGGCCGCAGGUACACGAGAAGACUAAGAUUAUCAGCGUGUGCCUGCACGGACCAUGCCUUUCUUCAUCAGGAACAAGAGGUCAGGUGGAAAUAAACCCAAGAAAUUAGGAGGAAAAAAAGCUCAGGCUAAGAGAAAAACUGAUGUCAAAAGUCAGCAGUUAGAAAAGAGAGGAAAAUUUGCCCCAAACCUAGAUGAAGAAAUUACCAGUGAGGAGGAGGAAGAGUAUGAUAAGAACAAAAAGGUAAUUGAAGAGGAAGAUGAAUUGGAGGAGGAGACAGCACAAGAGAAAAAGGUCCGACUGGCACGUCAGUACCUGCAGCAGCUGCAGGAACAGAGAGCUCAAGAUGAAGAGGACAAGUUGGAUGACGAGGCCAUCCGCACUCGGCUCCGAGAAGAUGUUCUUGAGGCUUCCGGAAGACUUAGAAAAAAGAUUGCAGAUUCUUACUUGGAGCCUGAGGCUGAUGACCUGAAAGUGUUCAGGUCAAAAAAGCAAAGACUGUCCGUUACUUGCAUAACUGUCUCUGCUGAUGAAAAAUAUGUGUUCUCUGGAUCAAAAGAUGCUUCGUUGGUGAAGUAUGGCAUGGAUGGCGAAAAACUUGGCACUAUUCUUGGAGGAAGAAAAGGUGCCAAAGAUUCACAUGUUGGACACUGCUCUCACAUAUAUACCAUCGCUGUGUCUUCAGAUGGAAAGUUUCUGGCCUCAGGUGAUGCAGGAGGUUAUAUACAUAUUUGGAAUCCAGAAACUCUUGAACACCUCAAGACAUUUAAGAAACAUCGAGGGCCCAUCUCAGGCUUGUCCUUCCGAUGGGGUACUCACACACUCUUCUCCAGCUCACACGACAGGAUGGUCAUGGUGUGGAACCUUGAUGCCAUGGCCUUUGUGGAAAACUUAGGUGGGCACCAAGAUGCAAUAACAGGCCUUGACGCCUUCAUGAGAGAGUCAUGUAUCACCAGUGGAGGAAGAGACCAGUCUGUGAUUGUGUAUGUGCUGGUGGAGGAUAAACAGCUGCGAUUUUCAGGACACUAUGAUUCCAUAGAUGGUGUAAAGCUAAUCAAUGAGAAGACGUUUGUCACUUAUGGCCAAGAUGGAUACCUGGCUUUGUGGACAACUCUCAAGAAGCGUCCACACUGUGUGGUGAAAGCAGCACAUGGCUACCAAAGCAAUGGGAUACCAAAUUGGCUCACUGCUGUGGCUACUCUGAUUAACACCGACAUCAUGGCCUCAGGAUCAAUGGAUGGCUAUGUUCGUGUGUGGAAGGUGGAUACAGACAGGCACAAAUCAGUGAAGCCGUUGUUCUCUGUUCCUAUACCUGGUGUGAUCAACUCCCUGGCCUUCACAACGAGCGGCAGUCACCUUCUAGUUGGAGUAGGGCAGGAGCACAAAAUGGGAAGGUGGUACAUAGAGAAAUCUGCCAAGAAUUCUGUUGUUGUUAUACCUUUGAAGAAAAAAUAGAAGUAAUUUUCUAAUAAAUUAAUAUUUUUAAUGA